AUGAGCGGAGUGAGCGGGGGUCCGGCCUCUGGGGGGGACCUCCAGAAUUCGCUGAGUGAUGAUGAUGAGCUAGAAGUAGACGAGGAAGUUUCGGGAGGAGACAACGAAAAUGUCAGCAUUAUAGAGUUACAUCCCGCUAAAGAUGAGAAAAAGAAAAGGAAAGGCAAAGGCAAGAAGAGGAACAGGCACAGGAGCAAAAACACGACUCCUCUCAACCCCGAGCAUUCAUUCUUCACCGAUGGAUACACGUCGACUCUCAGCAGCACAGAGGACCCCUGCACCUCCACCCACCUGGACUACUGCAUCCAUGGUUACUGCAAGUACAUAGAGGGCCUGCAGGAGCCAGUGUGCAUAUGUAUGAGGGGUUACGAUGGGGAGCGCUGUGGGAUCCAAACUCUGGGGACGAUUAAAAACAAGUCCGAUCAGGUCAACAAUACUGAGUUGGUGCAGACGGUCUUGGUGAUCAUCGCCGUGGUUCUGUCGGUCAUCAGCUGCACCGCCAUCCUGCUCAUGACCUGUGCUCAUUACAGGUCACAUAAAAACUUCCUGGCAUCCUACCUGGGAACUGGGGCAGAGCAGGAGAAGCUACAGAAACCCAUCGGGGACGUCGUGGUGUAAGGGCGUCGAGUUACAAUGAGCCAGCUGCACGAUUUGAAGACAAAGUGGACCAGAGGAGUUUAAAGACCCCAGAAAGCAAUAGACUGCUUUAUUAAAUGCUGUAAAAAACAAAACAAAACAAAAAAAAAACAAAUAACAAACAACACUGUCCAGAACUUGUUAGAAUGUAAUUUAUUUAGUGUGAUUAUUUAUUGCUAAUGACUGUAUGAAUGUUUGUAUGUUGGACUAUUGUUAUGAUGCCUAUUCUGUACGAAAUAUGUGCGGUUCGGUUUUAUUUAUUGCACUGCUGUUGUUAUAGGUCAGAGAAACGCUCUUCAUCUCACACUGGAAAAGGGGUGGAAUUUGAUCACUAAUAAAUUGUCUCAGUGUUAACGUGAAAGAGUUUUUUUAUUCA